GCGGUUCAUUCGUGCGUGUAGUGUGGAGUGCCUCGCCGGGAGGGAAGAAACGUGUGUUCCGUUCAUUUUUGCAGGCUUCUCUAGUUGUAACUAGCCGCCACACUGCUGGAAUAACGUUAACAAAUAGUUUUUGUCGGUACUUCGUGUUGUACUCAACGGCGGUGUGGCGCAACGCUGAGUUUAGGAUUUGUCACCCGGCUGCAGCAGCUGACUUACUUGUGACUUGAGCAGAGUGGAGUCGCUAGGCAGUUGCCAAAGGAAAAACAGGCAGAUGCUGACAAGUAGUUAGCAACUCAGCCAGCUAGCCAGCUCGCCAGCUCUCCCUCCUGCCACAGCAAGUCCCACCCUCACCAAGUGCGUGGACGUCGUAAGAGGCUGCAGCGGUGAAGUCGAGUGCUUUUCCUCUCAACUUAGCCAGCAUCGAUGUACAGCUGGCUGGCAAGCUAAAAAAGCCUCUAAACGUUAGCUAGGCGACGCCAACGUAAACAAUUGUUGGCUUUAACGUUGGAAACGUGUUUUCUGUGGAGGGAUACGGUCGCUACACUGGCAAAGAGACUGGCAAAAAAGAAGAGCCGAAAUAAGAGAGAACAAGGAAGACACCGAGAAGGAGGGGACUGGCUAGUUUAGCCGGGGAGACAGAAUCUCACAUAGAUAGAUAACGCCGCCACCGAGCCACACACAGCCAUGAGUAUUGAGAUACCGGUGGGGUUGACGGAACUGCUGCAGGGCUACACUGUGGAGGUGCUGCGACAAAGGCCGUCAGACCUGGUGGAUUUUGCAGUACAGUACUUCACCCGUUUGCGGGACACCAGAAGCCAGGAUGUCAGUGCCGGUGGCAAGACAGGGAAAGGAGUGAUGUUUGAUGGAGAGCCGAUGCAAACAGAGUCCAAUGGAGAUGAUGAUGACGAUGAUGAGGAUUCUGACUUUGAGCCUCCACCACCCAGCAGAUUCAACAGGAGAGUUUCCGUGUGUGCGGAGGCGUUCAACCCAGACGAGGAAGAGGAGGACACGGAGCCCAGGGUGGUUCACCCAAAAACAGACGAGCAGCGCUGCAGACUGCAGGAAUCCUGCAGAGACAUCCUACUCUUCAAAACACUAGAUCAGGAGCAGUUCUCGGAGGUGCUGGACGCCAUGUUUGAGUUGCGGGUUCAGACCAAGGAUCACGUCAUCGACCAGGGAGACGAUGGAGACAACUUCUACGUCAUAGAGAGGGGGCUGUAUGACAUAGUGGUAAUGGGGAAAAUAGUGGGUCAGUAUAACAACAAGGGCAGCUUCGGGGAGCUGGCACUCAUGUACAACACACCACGCGCCGCCACCAUCGUCGCCACCCAGGACGGAGCGCUAUGGGGCCUGGACCGCGCCACAUUUCGUAGACUCAUUCUGAAGAACAACGCCAAGAAGAGGAAGAUGUACGAGACUUUCAUCGAGUCCGUGCCCUUACUCAAAUCACUGGAGGUCACAGAGAGGAUGAAGAUAGUGGAUGUAUUAGGAUCGAAGCAGUUCCCCGAGGGUGAGCGCAUCAUCGCACAGGGAGACAAGGCUGACUGCUUCUAUAUAGUAGAAUCUGGGGAGGUCAAGAUCAUGAUGAAGAGUAAAACGAAGGCGGACCAUGCAGACAAUGUGGAGGUGGAGCUAACGCGCUGUAGCAGGGGUCAUUACUUUGGGGAGCUUGCCUUGGUCACCAACAAACCCCGGGCCGCCUCAGUCUACGCUGUGGGCAAUGUCAAGUGUGUGGUAAUAGAUGUGCAGGCGUUUGAGCGCCUCCUGGGUUCCUGUAAGGAGAUCAUGAAGAGGAACAUCUCCCACUACGAGGAACAGCUGGUGGCCCUGUUCGGCUCCAGCAUGGACCUGAGAGACUGAGCCUCCCACACCACCCUCUGUGCCUUCUAUUACACGCACACACACGCACACACACAUAUCAUGCAGUGGUUAUACAGACUCGUAAUAAGCUUUACACAGGGCUUACAAACACAUGAGAAACACACACUUACGCACACACGCAGGGGUACAGAUACAUAAACACAUAGGCAACCACACUUGCAAAAACGGACACAUUGUGGUAAAAUGGAGACAAAAAACUUUUAAAAUCUCUGAAAAGGAAAAUGAACUAAAAUGCAAAAAAAAAGAGAGAAAAGUUUAAAGAAGACAGAUAAGUUUUAGAAACGUUUUAUGAAGAUAAGAAACAGAAGCUUUGAUAAAAUAUUAUUUAAAUAAAAAAAAGUGUUUCCUCUUUGGGAGGCCGGGGUGCAGAACUUUGUGAGCGCACUCCAUUGCUUCCUCUACUGUUGUUGAUUGAGUUGAGUUAGUGCUGGUGAUUAUUGCAGUACCACAGAAGAAGCAGUGAAAACAAUAAAAACCCUAUGUUUUCUGGGCCAUUGUUAUUCUCUCAUUGACACCACACUUCAUUGUAUUGAAUUAAUUAUUAAUGUAUUGUUAUUAUAUAUUCAUUUAUUAUUUUGUUGUUUUAUUUUGACCAAUUCUGAUAAAAUUCACCAUCCAUCUCUGACAAAAUGUAAAAACUGAAAAAAGAAUUCUAACAAAAACAUUAGUGCUUAUUUCUCCUUGAUUAUCCUUGAAUAAGUUGUCCUGGAUAAAGAAAAAU